CAACACUGUUAAAAUACAUAAAGAAAUAUACAUCUAUACGUGGCGCCUGCAGGUGUACGGCUGGACGCACUGUGCGUACCAUGAGCGCUCAGACUGACCUGAAAUUUGCCCCGCAAACAUUUCAGCAAUUAUAGGCUCGUGUCCCGUAUUUCUGUCGACUGAACCAGCCAUGCCAUUUGUCACGAAUCCAGUCUGUGCACUUCCGUUCAUUCACCACCAGAGGUCACUCGCUCACCACAUUGACUCACACCAUACAUAACACUGGACUCCAUUUCCCAUCAUUCAUUGCACUGAUUGCACACACAGCUGAUUGCACUAAUCACAAGCACACCUGAUCCCACACACACACUGAUCACACUCCCUACUUAAGCCAUGGACUUUCUCUCCCUCAUCGCCGAGUAUUGUAUGCGUUUACCGCUCACCUAGCCGUAGCAACGCUACAGAGCCCCUGUUAGUUUGGAUUGUGUUUUCCCCGUGUUUGUUCUACCCGUGUUUCCUGGAUUAUCCCUUGCCUUGCUGUCUGGACACUGUUUGCCCCCUAUUGGAUUCUAGCCCAUGUUCCCUGGAUUAUCUCUCUGCCUUGCCCACUGGAUACUGUUUGCCGAUCGUUGACCUUCGCUUGCCCUAGGAUUACUCUUUGUCUUGUCCCUGCCAUACCUGUUUGCCAUUGCUUGACCCUGCCUGUAUUUAUGACCAUGCCUGUUAAUAAAAGCUUGCAUUUGGAUCCGCACGUCUCACGUCUCGUCAGCCCCGUUACAGAAUACUCUGCCACAUGAGGAUCCAGCAGCUUUUCCAGCAAUGGACCCUGGUCAGGUAUGGAUCCUUUCAACCAGCUGCUCGAUCUACAACAGGGGAGUCUUUCCAUUGAGGAGUACGUCACUCAAUUUUGUGUGAUCUCGGAUAAGGUACCUUUUGAUGAGGUGGUAUUAAAGGACAUUUUUUGUUUUGGACUGAAUGAGCCCGUAAAGUCUUGGUUACCUGAAGGAAAGUUUAAUGUCAGUUUAAAGGAUUUUAUAGACUAUGCUUUGCUGUGUGCUGGCUCUUCGUUUACUGUGGGUGUCGCGGAAGAGGAACACAACACCGUGUCUGUGACUAAAAUGGUAGCGACACCAGAGUCCGUUCACAAAAUGGCGGCCACAACAACACCCCGUCAUGUCAUUGCUGUCAGUAAAGAACUAAGUCAAGUCUCAGUUAAUGUCAGAGAGUCAAGUCAAUCCAUAGUUGAUCUUAAAGAACCAAGUCAAGUCACAGCUGAUCUUAACGAGUCACUUCACGUCUCAGUUGAUCUCCUAAAGUCAAGUCACGUCUCCGCUGCCCGUCCAGAGUCACCGCAGCACGUCUCCGCUGACCGUCCAGAGUCACAGGGUCACGUCUCCGCUGACCGUCCAGAGCCACAGCCCGUCACGGCUGACACACCCAGAUCAUCAAGUGGCAACAUAUGCUGUCUUCAAGUGAGCGACUCAGGAGACCAACUGACCCUCAUGCAAGCGUAUGCCAUUGAGCGGAGGCUGGAGAUGAUCCAACUUUAUCUGGGCACUGAUCCAAUUACCUGCUCAUGCUUUUAUUGCUUUAAAAAAAGUACAGGAUUGGGAAGGAAUAUGUGACCUAUCAGAUACCGAAGAGGCACCAUGAAAUGCCCUUGGCUGUGUGCACAUAACCCCACUGGAGUCCCAACUCAGUUUAUCUUUGGCUUUGUGUGUCCCAUUUAUUCUUUUUAUGCAAGUGCAGUUCACACCAUAUUGGUCUGAUAGCCAAUAUGUCAUGCCCCCUUUUUCCACAUUCUCCAGUGCUUAAGCAUUUCCCCCUCAUUUGGUUCAAUCUAUUGUUGAUCUGGUCUGUCGCGCUUGUGGAAUGUAUUGAUCUGUAUCACUCAUGACCUGCUUUUCUCUAAAUGCCUACUUAAUCAAGGAUAAACUGCACUACCCCGAAGGACUUCAGUCAUGUCGCACUCGAGAGACAGCGACUAGACCCUGUUUUGCCGGAACUCUGCCAAAUUGACACCCCUGCACAAUUAUAUUUACCCGGCUUAAAUAUAGAAACGAUCAACAAAAUCUGCGCAACAGAUUUCCAGUUUCUUUCUCUGGUGUACUUUCUCUAACAAUUUUUAUGUCCGUGUCUCAUUUUUGGAUUGGUUGGCAUCAAGUAGCUCCAUGCCAAAACGCAUCUCAGAAGAGAAAGCAGUCUCUCCAGACUACAGAACGGAAAGUUGUCUUUGGAUAAGAAGUAGAGAGUUGGAGAGAUGUAGAGGCAUAUGGAAUUACAAGUCUUACAUCCCAAUGGUGAUUAGAAAUGAAAUCUCAAAGAGAGAAAAUUUGUCUUAAAAUUUAGUAUAAAUUCAUGAUAACAUUUAGAACCAACUGAAACCACAUGCGCACAAA